AUGAAAGUCUUAUGUGUUGCUGAGAAGCCGUCUGUUGCAAAGUCUAUUGCGCAGAUACUCUCUGGUGGCCGGAUAAGUAGUCGUAAUACGAAAGAUAAAUAUAUAAAAAAUUACGACUUCCUUUGCAAGGAUGCAGAGAAUCGAGAAGUCAGAGUUACUAUGACUUCUGUCAAAGGCCAUCUCAUGGCCAUAGACUUUCCAGAACAAUAUCAAGCAUGGGGAAAGUGUUCGCCAUUAUGUCUAUUCGAAGCUCCUAUAAUAAAAUCAGUCAUGAAGGGCAUGGAACCAAUUCGUGAUAACAUCGCAUCCGAAGCAGCUAAGUCAGAUAAACUCAUUAUAUGGACCGACUGCGAUCGAGAAGGGGAGAAUAUCGGCGCAGAAAUUGUUAAUGUGUGUAGGCAAGCAAACUAUCGCAUACAAGUGCUUCGAGCGCGCUUUUCGUCUAUCAGCAAUCAGCCUAUAAUUCAAGCAUGGAGAUCACCAGUGCAAUUGGACGUACGGCAGGCAGCAGCCGUGGAUGCAAGAAGUGAGUUGGAUUUACGUAUUGGUGCGGCCUUUACAAGAUUUCAGACGUUGGGAUUCAAAAGGCUGAUUCAAGGCCAACAAAAGCAAAUAAUAAGUUAUGGGUCGUGUCAGUUUCCAACUUUAGGCUUUGUCGUCGACCAAUAUUUAAAGGCCGAAAACUUUAUCACGGAAACUUUCUGGAAGAUUUCCGUCACCCUUGAACGUGAUGGAUCUAAAGUCGAAUUUUGGUGGGCGAGAGGUCAUCUAUUUGAUCAGCUAGCAUGUUUGGUGCUUUACGAACAGUGCGUGGAACAUCCCAUUGCAACAGUUAUCAAAGUUCAGUUGAAGGAAACCAAGAAGUGGAGACCAUAUCCAUUGACUACAGUCGAGCUUCAGAAAGCUGGAACACGAUUCCUGCGCAUGUCUUCUCAAAAAAUAAUGACGGUUGCAGAAGCAUUAUAUAACAAAGGGUUUAUCAGUUAUCCGAGAACGGAAACAAAUGAAUUUCCGCCCAGUAUGGACUUGAAAUCAUUAAUCGCUGCUCAAGAAACCAGUACAGUAUGGGGGGACUAUGCUAGAAAGCUCAACAACGGAGCGUUCCGUACUCCCCGCAAGGGUAAUCAAAACGAUCAGGCUCAUCCACCUAUUCAUCCAACUAAGAAUGUGACUAAUUUGACUGGAGAUGAAAAGACUGUAUAUGAGUAUAUCGUCAGAAGGUUUCUGGCAUGUUGUUCAGAUGACGCAAAAGGAAAUGAGACACACGUUGAGAUUAACAUAGCAGACGAGAAUUUUAGUACAACAGGACUUGUUAUCUUGGAACGAAAUUAUCUCGAAAUUUAUCCAUAUGAUAAAUGGUCUGAUAGUUAUCUUCCUCUAUUCCGUCAGGGCGAAAAAUUCCUUCCGACAUCGUGUGAGAUGAAGGAAGGAGCUACAUCGCCUCCCGAACUAUUAACAGAAGCAGAAUUAAUCAGUCUUAUGGAUGCAAAUGGCAUUGGCACCGAUGCGACUAUUCACGAACAUAUCGCAAAGAUACUCGACCGACAAUAUGCAAUGAAGCAACCGAAAGGCAGCAAAGUGUAUAUAGCUCCUUCCAAUCUGGGAGUGGCAUUAGUCGAAGGUUAUGAUCGUAUCGGAUUUGAAAUGUCAUUAUCCAAGCCUUAUCUACGUCGCGAGAUGGAGGCUAGUUUGAAGCUGGUUUGCGAAGGACGAAAGGAGAGGAUAGAAGUCGUUAAAGAGAGCAUAGAGAUGUAUAGAGCUAUGUUUAUUAAGACAGGGGAAAAUGUCGGUCUACUGGUUCAGUCACUUACGAAGUAUCUGAAUUUGUCGGCGUUUGCAUUCGAUGAGGAAGAGUUUCAUUUAAUGAUGGAUGGGAGUCGUCGGUGA